CUGACUGCAGGGGGGUGGAGGGGGAUGAGGAUGAGUCAGGGGAGAGAAGGCUGCUGCAGGGGGGCUGGCUGAAGGUGGGUGAGGUUGGCUACAGGUGGGUGAGACUGGUUGCAGGGUGAGACUGGUUGCAGGGGGCGGCUGCAGGAGGUGGCUGGCUGCAGGGGGGCUGGCUACAGAGGGGGACUGACUACAGUAGGGGUGAUGGCUACAGAAGGGGGGGACUGCUCCCAGCUUGUUCCCCUGCCGCUAGGAAAUAAGCAAAGUGGGGUAUUGAGAGGCCCCUGGGACGCAAUCGCUCAGGGGCUCCAAGGUAGCAGCAGGCACGUGAUUUCUACGUGUCCUGCUGCUGCCUGUGCUACCUAUACCUGCAGCACCACCCAGUCCCUGGAUCUUCACUGAAGACUACUACUACUCUUCGUGGGACCCCCUCCUGCAACCCCAAUAGAUUGUCAUGUGUUUUCCAGAUGACUUUGCCCACCUGAUGUUGGCCGAGGCCUCGCUGGAGCAGUGCGUAAGGGAAAACGUGGGCAAACUGAAGGAUUCCGUUCCAUUACUGGCAAGCAAGGAGCCCAAACUGCAACAGGCAAAGAACUAUCUCACCGGCAUUCUCAGCAGGGGCAAAUUACUGCCUAAGCACAUAACGGAAGCGCUGCUGAUAAUGGGAAAGUUGCAUUACAUGGAGGGGUCGUACAGAGACGCAGUCAGUAUGUAUGCGCGGGCAGGGAUGGAUGAUAUUGCGCUGGAUGAUGAGCCCCUCUAUCGCAUGCGUCUCAUGACGGAAGCUUUUCUCAUUAAAGGUCUAUCUCUAGAACGUUCCACUGCAACCAUUGCGUCCCGAGCGAGGCUGUCGGAAAGGGAAGAGGAAGCCAUUGGUUGCUUUGAGAAGGCCAGCUGGAUAGCUCAGGUUUACUUACAGGAGCUGGAGAAGAGCAAUAACAGCGCCCACACAAGAGGCUCUAAGGGCAGUGCCCCGUCCCAUGACUUUGAGUUGGGCUACUUUCUAGAAUCUGCUCUCCAGUGCGCCUACGCUGCUCACUUCAAAAGAGGAAAUGUCUUAAAAGGAAUAAAAGAGCUGAGAGACGUUCUGAGGGUUGUGGAGACCAAAGCCACGCAGAACUUCAAAACAGCAGCCAGUAAGCAGUUGGCCGAAGUCCUGCUCCAUUCCUUAAGUGAGAGCUGCUACUGGAGCCCCCUGCAAGCCCCCCGUCCUGAGCUCCUCAACAAAGACGCCCAAUCUUUUCCCAACAACACUCUCCGACUGAAGCCGCAGACCCACACCGGGGAUAACCUGUAUUGCCCUCAGGACAACAUCGAGGAGGCUCUGCUGCUCCUUUUGAUCAGUGAAUCAAUGGCCAACCGAGAUGCCGUUAUCAGCCGAGCACCGGAGCAAAAGGAGGACCGUGCCGUGAGCCUGCAGAAUGCCUCGGCCGUGUACGACCUGCUGACCAUCACCAUGGCCAGGAGAGGGCAGUAUUCCAUGCUUUCUGAGUGCCUGGAACGGGCUAUGAAACUCGCCUUUGGAGAAUUCCAUUUGUGGUACCAGUUGGGGCUGUCGAUGAUAUCUUGCGGCAAGUUUGCAUAUGCAGUGUCGGUGCUAAAGGAGUGCUGCAAGCUGUGUCCGUCGGACCCCACCAUUCCCCUGCUGGCGGCUAAGGUCUGCAUUGGACCCCUGCACUGGUUGGAAGAAGGAGAAUGUUUUGCCAAACUGGUGACUGAGAUGGAAGAAGGUGCCGGGGACUUUCUUGCAAAGGGUUUUCUGGCUUUGGGGCUCGUGUACAGUUUGCAAGCGUCUGAUGCCACACAGAAAUGCACUCAAGAUGAUUUAAGUAAGAAAGCUCUUCAGACUUUAGAAAGAGCUUACGAGUUGGAUCCACACGACCCUCAGAUUAUUCUCUAUCUGUCGCUGCAGCUGGGCCUUGUCAGACAGAUAUCAAAGGCAACGGAGCACAUUCAAGAAGCGCUGAAGCUGCGUAAGGACGACCUGCACAGUCUCCAUUUAUUGGCUCUACUCCUGUCAGCCCAGAAGCAGUAUCAGCAUUCCAUAGAUGUAAUUAACAUGGCUUUAUCCGAAUAUCCAGAAAACUUUAGUUUACUUUUCACCAAGGCUAAGCUGGAGCGAGCCCUUGUCGGACCUGAAGAAGCACUGGUGACGUGUAGACAUAUGUUAUUCCUGUGGCAGAAGCUGUAUAAUUAUUCACAACUGAGCGACUGUGAGAAAGAAAGCAGUUUAGCCGAGGUCCCAUUGACCAGGAAACACAGCGGAAUGUUUCUCGCAGUUCCGGACGCACACGACCCUGAGAAUGGAUCCCAGAGAGCCUCCUCCAUUGCAGCCUCACGUCUGGAACAGGCCAUGUCGGAGAUAACCAUGCACAGUAGCACCCAGAGGCAGGGGCCAAUGCAGCAAUGGGUAACCCUAGAACAAAUCUGGCUACUUGCGGCGGAGCUUUUCAUGGAGCAGCGCGAGCUGAAAGAAGCGGGGUUCUGCCUCCAGGAGGCUGCCAGCCUAUUCCCCACAUCACACACUGUGCUGUACAUGCGUGGGAGGCUCGCUGAGACGAAAGGCUGUUUGGAGGAGGCCAAGCAAUUGUAUGACGAGGCGCUGGCAGUGAAUCCAGAUGGAGGGAGAAUUAUGCACAGCCUGGGGCUGCUACUGACGAGGCUCGAGAGGAAAAGUUUAGCGGAGAAGGUUCUACGGGACGCAGUGAGGCUGCAGAACACUUCUCAUGACGCCUGGAAUGGGCUGGGGCAGGUUCUGCAGGAGGAGGGGAAACACGAAGCUGCCGGGGAAUGUUUCAUGACGGCUCUGGACCUGGAAGCUAGCAGUCCUAUCUCUCCAUUCACUGUAAUACCAAGGGAGCUAUAGAGGGUUCAGUACAAUCGCCUACAAACUGCCUUCCACUCAUACAGAGGUCUCCAUUGAAAAAUUCUAUAUGUAUAUAUGUUGUCAGUCUUUUGGGUUUUAAUAUUUGCAGUUGUUUUAAAAUGAGAAGAAUAUGAAAAUAGAUCUAUUUUUAUAUUAAAAUGAAAGGGAAAUCUUUCUAUGUGGAAGACAGGAUCCCAUGUGCCUUAGAGUUAGGGUCCAAUACAAAAAUGGAGUUCUGCUACCAGUAUAUAUCCUUAAGGGUCUUGUAUUGGCACAAGACAUUAUGAACUAAUAAACAACCUGCACUGGUU